AUGACAAACACCUAUACGAUGAUCUCAGAAAGCUCGGACAAAGAGAGAGACGUCUCCUACUGGCCAGUUUAUCCUUCUGAGCAUGAUUUGAGAAAGGAUGAAGAGGCGCCAUAUCUCAUUCAUGGUCUUCCUCUUCCGACACUAGCGGAAGCCUUCUGUUCAUCCGUGCCUCUCACCAAACGGAGCCCCGUGCCAACAGACUACAAUUCCUUCGACCAGCUUUUUCCGUCCACAGAACUACCACACAAGACAGCCGUGACCUACUCCCUGGCCUCAUGCCCAGACAACAGUUCCACCGCUGAGACUCCUCCAUAUGUCAAGAUCCAAGCCAACAUCCUUGCCGACGAGCCGUUCGCCAGUCCCUACAGAGACUUGGGCCCUAGAGACGGCCUUGCUCUAUAUGACGAUCCGGCCGGUGACCACUUGCACGACAAUCAUCGCGUGAGCCUCUUGGCUCAAGAGCCUGAGUCGCUCAGCAAUCACCUUGCUGAAGAUCUGCUGCCAAAAGCUGAAGUGCCAUGGGAUUAUAGCUUUGACACCGGCUCCAGAGAUGCGAGGAACUUGAUGGAUACUACCAGUCUAACCACCUGGUCCGGACCUGAAGCCUAUCAAGCUCACCUCAGCCCAUUCAAGUGA